UAAGCCGGGGCUGGGGCGCGCGGCGCGGCGGUUCCGCGGAGACGUUUGAAAAGGGGACGACGGUGCGGCCCCGCCCUCCCCCUCGGUGCCGUGCGCACAGCAGAGCCUGGCGCCGCCCGAGGGGCUGUUACACCCCCCUCGCGCCGCCGCCUCAGCAGCAGCCGGAGCCGCUCCGCGCGCGGGGCAGCCGCAGCGGCCGGCGGCGAUGGCGGGGCCCCCGGUGGCCGUGAGCUGCGAGGCGGAGCCCGAGCCCGAGCCGGGUGGCAGCGCGGAGGCGGGGGGAGAGCAGGAGCUGCUGCUGCGGCGCGGGGACCUGCUGGCGCUGGGCAGCCGCCUCAAGGAAGCGCUGGAGACCUACUCGGCCGCGCUGCGCCUCGGGCCGCCGCCGGGGCCGCGCCGCCUCGACACCCUCGUGGGCUGCCUGGUGCUGCACUACCGCCUGCGUCACGGGCUGCGCUGCGGCCGGGGCCGGCCCGAGGCGGGCGGCCCGCUGCGCUGCUGCGGCUGCCGGGGCUUCCUGAGCGAGCCGGUGACGGCGCCGUGCGGCCACAGCUACUGCCGCCGCUGCCUGCGCCGCGAGCUGUGGGCCCGCUGCCGCCGCUGCCGCGAGCGCCUGCCCGCGCCGCCGCCGCCGCGCAUCAACGUCGUGCUCAACCAGCUGGCAGAGAAGUGGUUCCCGGCCGAGUGCGAGCGGGCGCGGGGCCGCCGGCGCCUGGCGGAGCUGCUGGGCCAAGGCCGCUUCCGAGAGGCGCUGGGCGCCGCCAGCCGCGCGCUGCGAGCAGAUCCCAGUGACUUGAUGUUAAGGAUUUACAGAGCUGAAUCAUAUGCUGGCCUCCAUGAAUUCAAAACAGCUGUAGAAGAUCUAAAUUUUGUUAUCUCUAAAAUGCCAAAUUGGCCAGAGGUCUACUUCAGGAAAGCAAAAGUGCUCCAUGACUCUGGCUUCAUAGGUGAUGCCUUAAAACUGUUUCUGCAGUGUUUAGCUCUUGAUGAGGAUUUUCUUCCAGCAAAGAUAGAAGUAGAAAAGACACUUUGUGAUUUGCUGUCACCAGAAACUGUGAGAGAAAGUCUGAAGGAAUCUGCUUGGAGUUCACCCCAUAUUCGAAGUAAACCUUUGGCACUUGAUUCUGCAAUGGAAGAGUCUUACUACGAAAUACAACUUUCUCCACAGCAGCAAUUGGGAGGAUCAGAAGUAACAGUCGAGUCUGUCAAUGCAAGUCUAAAUCGUGCACAGUCUGCCCAUGCUCUUAACUCAACAGAAAAAUUUGCCAAAGAAGAUGGACUAAAAAGGGUUUCUUCUGAACCUCUACUGUCUGGCCAGGAGAAGGGUGCUUUGCUGAAAAGGAAGCUUUCCCUUUCAGAACAAGAUAUGCUUUUGUGUGAAGAUGGAAGAAGCAAACUUAAAAAACAAGGAGAAACUACAAAAAAGGAUAUUGCACUUGUUUGUGGAACAAUUCCAGAGGACUUGAUUGAUGUAUCUGACUUUGAAUGCUCUCUGUGUAUGAGGCUAUUCUUUGAGCCAGUAACAACCCCCUGUGGCCAUACUUUUUGCAAGAACUGUUUAGAACGUUGUUUAGAUCAUGCCCCACAGUGUCCUCUCUGUAAAGAGAGUUUAAAAGAGUAUCUGGCAAGCAGGAAAUACUGUGUCACAGAACUACUAGAAGAAUUGAUUGUGAAAUACUUGUCUGAUGAAUUAUCCGAGAGAAAGAGAAUUCAUGAUGAAGAAACUGCUGAAUACUCAAACUUGACCAAGAAUGUUCCAGUAUUUGUUUGCACUAUGGCAUAUCCCACUGUGCCUUGCCCUCUUCAUGUGUUUGAGCCAAGAUACCGACUGAUGAUUCGCAGAAGUAUGGAAACUGGGACUAAACAGUUCGGGAUGUGUAUAAGUGACUCUCAGAACAGUUUUGCAGAUUAUGGUUGUAUGCUGCAAAUUAGGAAUAUUCAUUUUCUACCUGAUGGGCGGUCUGUUGUUGAUACAGUUGGUGGCAAAAGAUUUAGAGUUUUACGAAGAGGGAUGAAAGAUGGCUAUUGCACAGCAGAUAUUGAAUAUUUGGAAGAUGUUAAGGUUGCAGAUGAAGAAGAUCUAAAGAAACUGAGAAAACUUCAUGACUUCGUGUACAAUCAAGCCUGCCGCUGGUUCCGAAGUUUAAGGAACAAAUUUCGCACCCAAAUCCUUCAGCACUUUGGGCCAAUGCCAGACAGGGAGGAAAACAUACAGGCAACACCUAAUGGACCUGCAUGGUGUUGGUGGCUUCUAGCUGUCCUGCCUGUAGACCCCAGAUAUCAGCUCUCAGUUCUGUCUAUGAUGUCUUUGAGAGAACGUCUGAUCAAAAUCCAACAUAUACUCACAUAUUUUUCUAGAGACCAAUCCAAGUGACUAACUGCCUGGAUCUUCCUGAAGAGUUACUCUGUUCUGGUUGUAAUAACAGCUGGAAUCUUUGCUGCCUUUGCACAUCUUGCGCUGGUUUGAGAAGUAUAACAAAACUGCUUUCCCCCUCCCUCCCACCUAUUCCCCCUAAAUUCCCUGAACCAUGUGGUUCUUCAAAUGGAUACCUUCUUCAAUUAGAAGGAUAGACCACUAAAUUGCACAGAGAAGUCAAUCCAGCCAGAGAAUAUGUAGAAAAUGAUCUACAUAACAAUUUGCACUGUGUACAAGAGAUUGUGUCAUUCUAGGACUUGAUAACAUUUUGCCACUGACUUUUUUUUAAAGCUGUGGGAAGUGCAAGACUUAAGGCUGACAGUCCAAGUUUACAAUAUUAAAGAUGUAUUCAAGUUUCUGCAAACAAGAGUUUGCCUCCGAAACAACUGUCCUGUUGCUAUUUGCACAACUAUUUGAAAUAUAGUAUUGAAUGUCACUGAUAUUAUUGCUCUUGCUGAAUUGUCUUGACCAUGAAUAUGGCACAAAUUCUUAUUUUGUAAAUAUAUGCAUCACUAAAUAGGUGACAUUAUGAAUUGUAUGCUGAAUUUAGAGCCAAUUUUAAAGAACAAGUUAAACCCAAAUUGUAACAUGGUACUCCUGUUAAAAGAUAAACUGUGAAUAUGGUUUACAUACCUAGAACUGUACAUUCUAAGGGAGAAAUUGUAAUCUGAAGGUUAGUACCAGUUAAAUUUCUACUGGGGUUUUCAGACUGGCUGUCCUUCUGAGCACUUAGUUUUUAGACAUUAUAACAAUCCUAAUGGUUUAGGAUUAGCUUUAGUAUAACAUGCUAGGAAUUGUGCAUCCAGGAUUAUUUAAAAAAAAAAAAAAAAAAAAAAGCUUAAAGGGUUUGAUUUAAAAAAAAUACAUAAAUUGGUGCAAAUGUGAAUUCUAUGCCUUAUUCAUAUCAAUCGUAGAGCACACUGCAGUGGCAAGGUUAGCAUUCAUGCUGCCAAAAGGUACUUUUGUAAUUAUCAGUUUGCAUAUUUGUGAAUAUGUCUGAUAUUGGCUUUCUUGUAUGUAAAUCAUUUGUAAAAUUUCUUACAGAUCUUGCUUUUGCUAAUAUUUAAUUUUCAAUAAAGGCUAAGUUUGUAAUAUUUUGUAA